AUGUUCUUCCCUUGUCGAGUUUUUGUUACCACUAAUAUUGAAGCUUCCUUCAUUCAGUACAGACUGUUCACAUUAUCGUUAAACGUUUCGCAAUUUCACAUGCUCAUAAAUGCCUUACAUACAUAUUGGAAGGAAAAGAGAAAAUUCUAUCAAAAUGCGGAAAUGGAAAAUGAUUUCAAUUGCGAUAUUUUUAUUCAUGCUGAAAUUAAGCCUCAAAUAGAGAAAAUGGAGAAAAUGGGAAAAAAAAUUCUAUGCAGAUUAAACUGCUUUUUGCUGUGUUAG